AUGUCAACACCGACAAGCAUAGACACCUUGGUGGAAUUGGUAGAGAAAAAAAUAGACGCACUGAAAAAGGAACAAGAAAUAAUCGAGGCGCAGUUGUCAGAGUAUUCCGACUGUCGCAGAAAAGUGCUUGAAAACGUGAAUGAGUGGGGGGCGCCGAAGAGUAUAAAACUUCAGACCUUCAGCACGGAAACCAUUCCUGACGAGGAGCAAUACACAAAGCCCGUCAGUUGGAUAUUACUGAAGCGAGUGGCUCAAGGCCGUGACUGGAGUUACAGUCGCAAAGACAAAGUAUCAAUGCUUGGGGUAGUCUUUAGUGUAAUGGACACUGGCGAAAUCACGGUUCGUUGGGAUGACGGUGAGAAGACGCGAUGUGUUUGGGGUAAAGCAGGGAAGUAUGACGUCCGUGUUGUUCCAUUCUUCCCAAGCCUUGUUUCAUAUUCUCCUGAAGAACAGAAAAAGCAGAGUGUGUCAUGGCUCAUAGGGAAAGUAGUGAAACGCAGAGAGGGUGAAUGGAAAUGGAAUGAUCAAGACGGUGGAGCUGGAAAGACUGGUGUUGUAGUAUCUUCUGCGGGUGUUGGGUGGAUUUUUGUUCAGUGGAUGUCCGGAAAUAUUAACCAGUAUAGAUGGGGAGCAGAGCACUUUUACGAUGUCGAAGCGGUAUGUUGA